ACCAAAUAAGGGCUAACCAAAUAUUGAAAUUUGGAAACUGUAAAGCGUCAAACUUCCAAACAAUUUAUAAUAAACUUGAAAAAAUGAAAGAGUAAUUUAAAUUUCCUUUAAAUGGCGUUAGCACGUUUCCAUGCGUUGAACGUAGACUCUUCAGAAGACAGCGAAGGAGAUGAAGAAAAUCCAGCAAUUACUAGAGAAGCGUUGGAAGAGAAAGCCGCUGCUCAGUACAGAGAUAUCCUUGUUCUGCAAAGAAACAAGAAAUGGAAAGAAGCUGAAACUGAAUUCAAGAGUCUUCUCGAAUCUGAUGUUCUAAACAGGGUUACAGGAACCGUUAACUAUGUUUCGGGUCGAAUCCAACCUUCUCUGGUUCAUUUGAAAUAUUGUCUACUUGUGAACCUUGGUCAUGUUCUCAUAGAAACCGGUCAGAUCAAAGAGGCACUUGACUCCUAUCUGCAGGCUAUCGAGCUAGAUGACAGGGAUCUAAACCUAUGGUAUCGCAUUGGUCAAACAGCCAUAAAAAUUCCGAACCUCAAUUUGGCUGCCUAUGCUCUACAAGAGGCUCUACAAUGCAACGAGAAACACUGGCCGAGUUUGGACACUCUGGUAACAGUGCUAUACGCCUCGGGCAAUUACAUGUCAUGUCUCUAUCACAUAUCGGAAGGCCUCAAGUUGGAUCCCGACUUCUUCAAGGGCAUCGCAUUCUGCCAAAAGAUCUUCAAGGAGCAUCCAUACUAUGAACGCGAUUUUCCAUUGUACUAUCCUGAAUGCAAACUAGACGAGAGCAUCCUGUCCCGUGACAUCAGAGCCGAGGUGGACGAGUCGGCUCUGGACAGGAUACUCGCCGAUGCAGAGCGACUGCGCAGUGAACACUUGGCGGCGACGACGCAUGCGCACUGCGACCAAGAUGGCGGCUCCGGCAAGAUGGCGGAAAGUUUGCGGCCGGACUCGCCGCUGCCGAAGCGGUGCUGGGUGGCAGUGGGCAGAGCGCUCUUGCAGGUCUAUGCUCGGUUGAAGGAGGAGUACCCCAAACAGAGCUUCCUAAGAAUUGUGGAUCUUGCUCAAGAAGACAAAGAGAAAGUUGAAGAAGAAGAAAAGGAAGAAGACAAAGGAGAGAAAAAGACUGAUUACGACUGGUAUGAUGCUGACGAUGAUGAUAACUCCGAUGAUGAGGCAGCCAAAGUGGCGGAAGGCGUCACAGCUGCCGAUCAGCCUGGCGAGGCGGCCGGUGAUGAAGGCGUCAAUGGGUCCGCCGCAGUGCGCGCUAGCAAAAGGCGACGCUGCUCCUCCCCCUCUCUGCUCGACCAAUGGAUGUCAAGCAGCAAAAGAAGGUCGGCGCGUGUUCGAAGUACUGCGUGCGGGCGUCGAGCUGACGAGCCGACCCUGGCGCGGGCACUGCGUCGGCUUUUGCCAGAGUACCUGUGGCCGCCCCGUCGCGAGGCGGCGCAGUGGGCGACUUUAGCCGGUGGCGGCGACGAGUCUGUCGACACCAUGGACCUGUACAGGCUGUUCGAGAACAAAGACAACGGCUGUCAGGAGUCGACGGCUGCUACUAAUGUAUUGUCCUACAAUCAGCGGACUAAGCUCAUCAAAGAGGAGAACUACUUCAACACCGAUAAGGAAGUGGAAGAAGUGGACAGUUUUAUAAAAGAGAACAAUCUAGUCAACAUUUUGUCGAUGAUCACAAACUAUGUGAAAGUUGUGGCCCAGAAGUGGAAUCUGCAUUGGUCGCCCGCUCUUAUUGCUAUUUACAUCAAGGUAUACAAACUAGUCCGCCAUCACUACCCGGAGGCCUGCGAGUGGCAGCCGCUAGACAUGGCUUCGGGGCGGGCAGUGCUGUUGUACGGCGAGCUGCUAUUGGACCGUUGGCUGGCCAAUGGCAAGCAGCGAUCUGCGCCCAGUCCACUGGCCGGGUCUCUGUUUGGCGGAGACUUCUCGUCGCUCACUUUCGGAAACCUUGCCGUUCUAUGUAGUGAGUUGGGCGACGAAGAUAAUGAGUUUGUGGUUCGCUGUUACUGGCUGGAAGCCAUAAUGUAUUUGCACGUGAAGAGUCGCGACGCUGUAAUGAUUGCACUGGAACGCUACCUGGCGGACGGUCGGUGCUGCGGAGUACACCUAAAACUCAAAAACGUCGCCAACAAUUUCCAUAUCGAUGAGGACAACGUAAUGCGUCUCUACAACACGCUCAAACGCAAUGAGGAAUUGGAUAAGGUAACAGAUCUAUUCGCCCGUGGCGAUCACUCUGCAGCCUGUGGCAUUCUGGAGCAAUGCCUGCAGCCCAGCAGCCCACUGCUUGCAGCCGACUGUGUAGAUCCGCUGCUCGACCGCUGCACCCAGUAUUCGUUGCUGCUAGACUCACUGUUCGAGCGAGGCCAACACGCGCAAUGCCUCAACUGGUGCGAGAUGGCCGCACAUGAGGCACUCACUCACUACAGGGCAACCGACGACACACACCCCUCCCGCGCACGCUGGGCUGCCCUCCUAACCAACACACUGAUCGCCUUACCGCUCUGCAUUGAGGAGGGUGACACCCGUCUGUUGGAGCAGCUGCCACAUGCACGGCUAGUGCGCCUCAUCCAGACGAUGGCAUCUGUCAUCUGUGUGCAGAUGGAGGCGGCUGCAGCAGAUGGGGCCGGCGGCGGCGGUGGGGGUGCUGAGAUCCCCCUAGGCACGGUGGCACCCUGGGCGGUCAUCUACCACGUGGUCAAGUGUGAUGAGCUGAAGACUGGUCGUGUCACCGACGAUGAUGACGUCAGCGCGUCGCUAAAUGUCCUGCUGACAGCGCACGAGUAUCUGGGAAAGAGAUCUUGGUGUCUGAUAGACGAGGCCGAGAUCCUCUACAAGAUCCUCGCCGAGACCCUGCCACUGCUGGAGUCAUCCAACAUGGCGGCCGGGGGCGGAGCGGACACCAGCGAACUGGUGACCACUCUAAGUCAACACACCGAACGCUUCUAUUGCCUCUACGGGCAUCCUCUCAAGAAGAACAAGCCGCGUCACAUCAUCGAACACAACGCUAUGGGUUUGGCGUUGACUUGGAAUCGAUCGCAUCUCGUCUAUCGAUAUUUCAAGCCCCGCGAACUGCCCAUGUACGACUCUUCAGUCCGCUGCAGCAUAUCGCAGGACACAGAGGCGCUGUUCCGUCGCAUCGUGGGCCUCGUACCUCCUGACAUGGACCCCGGACGACAGGUGGAGGCCACCACUGCUUACAUAGACGGCGAGAGUGAGAAGGUGCCUGUCAAAGGCGUUCAACUGUCGCCCGAAGUUGCCGAUAUCUACUACCUGAUAGCUGACUACUAUUUCAAGAAUAAGUUUUGGAGCAAAGCGCUCAGCUACUAUGCGCUAGACAUCAGCGCCAACCCCUCCCGCGUAGACUCAUGGGCGUGUCUGGCACUAGCUCACGGCAGUCAACUCGAAACCAAGCUGAACUCGUGCGAACCCCUGAGCAGUGAGCAGGAUUUCCUGCGUUCAGCGCAGUCGGCGUCCAAGUGCUACUCGCGUGCCUUGCAGCUGGACCCGGAACAGUCGACCCUGUGGAUCGAGUACGGCUCAUUCGCCUACAUGGUGCACUCGUUCUGCUCGCGUCUGCUCAAACAGGAGCCGCCCAAUCUCAGUUUGGAGCUGUUUGAUGCCUUAGAGAAACAGAAGGAGCACAUGUUGGAUCAGUCCGCCAAGUGUUUCACGUCGGCUAGUUUGUUGUGGACAAGUUUUGAGAAGAAGGGCGAACCAGAGAUCCAAGACGAACGCUGGCUGCACCACUACAUGUUCGGCAAAAUCGCGCUGAAACGCGAGGAAAAGCCACAAGUCUACCUGACCCACUUCAUGAAAGCGAUGCGGUAUCUCCAUCAGAACAACGCCACCUACCCCAAGUCGGUCAGCUACUCGAAUCCGCAGCUCUACUGCAUCGAGGCGCUUGAACUCUAUUACCGAGUACACGCCUGUGUGCUCAAAGUGCUCGAACAAUCGGAGAACCGGUCGGUGGGUCGCGAAACGCGCCGGCUGUUCUUCGAAACGCUCGAGAGAAUCGCGAUGGGACCGUUCGCGAACUUUGGGGAAGUUACUUCCGAUCACUUCUACGAAGAUGAUCUGUCUGAUGUACCACUGGUAGAAACAGACGUUUGUUACACACUGAAUAACCUGGUGAAUAGUGUAACUGGUGAGGAGUCUGUGUACUGUCGUCGGCAGAGCUUACAGAAGAGGAGGUUGGAGAAAACAGAGGUUGAAGAGGAUGUUGAUGAACCAGUUUGUAAGUUGAUGCGGAACGAAGAAGGGGAGGCUGUGAAAUGUGGGAGAGAUAUUGAGGAGGGGGAUGAGGUUAAAAAAGUAGCCCUAAAAAAACUGAAGAGUAAGGAAAGUGAAACAAACGAUUUGAAAAGUAAUGAGAACUCAGUUGGUGGUGAUAACACUGAUAAAUCCGAGGAUGGGAAGAAAAGUGUGGUGAAAAAACCCCCCACCUCAACAACCACUCAGGAAAGUUCCUCGGAAACAUUGUCAGAUAGUGAUGAUGAGUCAAGCACUGAUAGUGAAAGUUCCUCAGGAGGUUCAUCGUCCUCAGAAGAUUCCAACUCUGCCUCAAACUCUGAAAGCAGUCAGGAUUCCUCACCGGUUGAGGAGAACGAGGAGGAAGAUAAGGAGCCUCCAAAGAAGAAGAUGAAGAUAGCGAAGGUGGUGGAGGGGAAAGAGGAGGAGGAAGAUGAGGGGAACUGGAAGGAGGAGCAACGAUCAUUGAUCGAUCGUUGUCUGUUGGCGAUGGUUGAGUGUCAGAGAAGAUUUCCCGAGCAUUAUAAAUCGAUUUACCGACAAACUUACUAUUAUUUCCACUCAAAACUACGUAGCGACGUUAACAAAGUUCGUAGUUUGUUGUUGAAUGAGGGUGGUUUAUUUGCUGAUCGAAGAUCGACAAACUUCUUUAAUGGAGUUUGGAGGAUCCCGUCCAGUGAAAUAGACCGACCGGGGAGUUUUGCCGGGCAUAUGAGUCGUUGCCUCCAUUUGUUACUAGAUCUAUUACGGGAUUCUAAAGAUUUCAAAAUGCUGCUAAGUUUGGCUCUACAGUUAAAAGACACCCCCGACCCCGACAAAAAAUACCUGCGUGAUACCGAGCGUGAACAACUAGCAAGGGAAGCUUUGUCACAGUGUGUACAAGUUCUUAGAAAUAAACUUCUAGAAGCCAACGAUAUGUCAAGGUUGAGGUUGAUAGUUAUGGAGGUGUUCAAGGCUCACAGAAAAAUUAACAAACUGUGGCCUCAGCGGGAGAAAACAUUCAACGCUCUCUUGACUCAGGCUUACCAAAAGUAUUUGAAGUUCAAGGGUGACAACGGGAAAUCGAAUUUUGAAGCUGCAUCCAAGUUCUGUCUGCAAGAAAUCAAUCAAACCGGGUCCAGUGCUGUGGAUCACAACAUAUCCUUCAAUACUAGUGUAACAGUUACUACAAGUAACGAGGUUGUCACAGUUAGUGAUCCUGUAACUACAUCUAAUACAGUUAGUGAUAACUUAACAGUUACAGUGACACCUUCCACUACUAGUGGUCCUACAGCAACUACAGUAACUCCUAGUACCUCUGUAGUUUCAAGUGAAACUACAGUUAAGGAAUCUACAGUGAAGGUUUCUGCAGUCCCGCCCCCUGUAUUAGUUCCCCCGAGUUUACCUAGUUUCACCCCUCCUGUAAAACGCCCCCGCGGUCGUCCCCCGAAUUUAUCCAUACGUCAACCAAAUCCAGCAACUUUCCUAAAAGCAGCUGGUAUCCCCACAAGCAAGGAGUUACAAAUGAUGUACCAGAGUCUAUCUUAUUCGAACAGUCAGUUACCGUUCAUGAUGCCUCCCAACCCGUUGACAGCUGGGUUAACUUUACAACAGCAGAUCUCUCUACAAACUGAGUUUCUGAGGCAGAUGACGUCACAGAUGGCUCAGGUUAGCGCGGGGAAGGUUUCAGGUUCGAAAUCACCCCUACCCUCCAUGAAGCCCCCCUCGUUUCUCACUGAAAAACCGCCCAAAAUGCCCUCCACAUCCUACCCGUCCUCUGAAAAACUACCUAAACUACCAUCGCUUAACUUCCCCCACUCUGAUAAACCCUCAAAACCUUACGGGAAAUCUUCAAAAACAUCUAAACAAUCCUCAUCUUCAUCUCAUCAUAGCUCCUACUCCAAGGCAGCCAGCUCUGUGGUACAGACUGUCUCACAGAUUCGACCUAAUAUUCCACCUACUUUACCUCCUAGUAGCUCGUCUAACACUUCAGGGGCUCAAAGCCUUCAACAUAAGUUAUUGUCAGCUAAAAAGGCGAAAAGUGAGCGACAAAAAUCAUCUAUGGACUUACUAAUGGGUCGAGAUGUUGUAGCUGCUACUUCUAGCUCCUCGAAACAUCGAGGUGACAAUAGGGAUAUUCUAUUAGGAUCCUCCUCCUCGACCUCGACCUCAAAACAUCAUCAUUCUGCAAGUAGAAGUGAUAAUAGGGAAGCUAUAUCUAGCUCAAAAAGUUACACAGGAGGAAGUAAUAGAGAUUCGUUAAUGGGUUCAACAUCUAGCUCAAAACAUCACCCAGGUGCAAGUAAUAGAGAUAUGGGGACCACAUCAACUACUAAACAACACCAUAGAGCUGAUCUAGCUAGAAUGAAUGAGGAGAGAUAUUUGUCUCAACUGAGUAAGAUGCCAAAAUCAAUGACCUCUGACCCUAAAUCGUUACUAAAGGAUUUGACGAUCACUCCCAGUGGUUUCAACCCAGAUUUUACUAGCGCCUUUUCGUCCGCGCUUAGCAAGGAGGAUAUAACUUUGUCGAGGGUGUCUUCCAGUGAUACGAGAUUGACCGACCUGGCGUCUUGCUCGUUUGUGGAUUCUGCUAGCAAGAAGAUAAAGUCGAUGUUUCUGCCGCACAUCCAACCCCCCCAAGAAGCGAAGGCCGACUGGAAACAGAGAGGUGGCGGUACGACUGCGUUUGAGCCGCAUAUAUCGUCGGCCCUUGCCGCGAUUGGCACACAGCUUACAAUAACGCAAACGUCAGCGAAUUUGGCGCACGAUAAGAAGGCAGUUGCGCCGCCCCCCUUGCAGCAACAGAUGGGUGGUGACGUCAUAAAGUAUGGGAAAGCUGAUGUUUCCAUAAAGCCCGUCAAAGAGAAGCCGAAAAUUGAUCCGACGAUUAUUGAGAUUGAAUAGUUGGUAAGCCUGGAGAAGCUGUAUUAUAGUGUAUGAAUCUACUCUUACUGAUUGCUAAUAAUAAGGCGAAAUUUGAAUUGUAAAAUUAUAAUUUGAUAAUAUAAAAUUUGGCUUGUAGCCUAGCUGUAGAAAACCAAGGCCUGAGAUGAUUGUUACAAUAGUCAUGUAUGGGAUUAUAUGUAGUAUUCAUUGAGUGAAAAUUAACCCGAAAAUUCAUUCAACAAUUCAUUCUCAAAGCGUAGAUUGAUCCAAACAUAUUAUUGAAUUGUUGAAUAUCCUUGAAGGUGUAUUAUAAAAUUUGUGUAUCAUAGUGCUUCUAAAUUGAGUGAAUAAUUUCACAAUUGAAAAUUAAUUGAUCCAUCUAUGCCAGUGAUUAAUUGUCUCAGUUGAAAAGAACUCGAUAUUUUGAUUCGAUGAUUAUAGAAAGUUAACACUUUUUAAUGUUUGAUUCCAUUACGAACUGCUUGUUAGAUAAUCACUUUUUAACAAUUAAUUACGACAUAGCAGAAGCUUUCUGUGUAAGUAGAAGCUAAUAGCUUUUAUUUAUAUAAAUACCUGACUGCUAUACUUAUACUGAUUAUAUUUAUACUGACUUGUCGUAAUUAAUUGUUCAAAAGUGGAAGUUAAUUGUUUUCAAUCCUGUGGAUGUAUAUAUAUUCGUUACUAAAUUGGAUAAAAACUUCACAAACUCGUAAAUUGACCGUCUUGGCAUCAUUGCACUAUAAUAGUUGAUACUGUUACAAUUAAAAUUGAAAGGGACAAAAAAAAUUGUAGAUUUUAUCUCCAAUGAUAGUUUUUCAAUUGAGUGAAAAACUCAAAAUAUUCUUAUGAGUUAAUUAAAAAUUUAUGGAAAGUUUUGUUAGAGUUUAUGAACUUAUGUCUGGUGGUGAAAUAAUAGACUGAUGUAUUUGAGUAAUCUGUAAAAAGGGCUGUUUUUAAUUAGAUAAAUUUUAUAUUUUAAUAAAUUUAGUUAGAAUUGGAGCUUAUUAUUUUAAAAAUGAUACAAUUAUCUCUGUAUUAUGUGUUGAUUUAUCAGAGUGAUAGAGUUAUUUAUUAGUGUAGAAUACUGUAUAUCAAGAUCUGAUAAAAAAUAUUUAUUUGGGAUCGAAAAUUUAUUUUAAAAAUAGAUUAUCAAAUUAACUUUGUAUUACAGGACAAUGACGGGUUUUGAUUGAAAUCAGACUACAGAAAUUAAGAAAUUGAUAUGAAUAAUUAUUUGUAAGUCUAUCACUUUGUCAAUUUUUGACAAUUUUGAUUAUUUCUAUAGAAAAAUAAUAAUUUCGGUAAAAAAAUCUUUAACCUAAUUUGAUCUCACAUGAUAUAUUUCUUUUAUUUGUUGAAACCCGAUUUAUUUACUCAUUUUGGACAACCAGAAAUCAAAGUAUAUCAGUAUUCUAUCAAAAUUAAGUAAAACUUGAUUUUGUUGAAAAAACAAUUAUUCUAAUUGAUGCCCAAAUAAGCAUUUUGCAUGAGCUGUUUAUUUUAUUGAAUAAUCUGUUUUAAAAAUUACAAUUUUAACUCAAUUAUCCAUAUUAUAGUGAAAUCUACCUAAUCAUUAAUUUAUUCUGUUGAAAUUGUGAUCUUACGUUAAACGAAUUGAAACGUCAUGUGUUAUCAAUAAUUUAUCAUGUACCGGAACUGUAAUGACUUAGACGUAUAAAAUAACGUGACUUUUGUAAUACGGUAACAUUCUGUGUAUUUUGUACCGUAUUUAUUUUCCUAAUGAUAUGUGAUCAAUAGAUAAAAACGUUUGUCAUAAAA